AUGUCGAUAACACCCAUCAUCACCUUCAAGGCGGGCCUCUGCCAGGUCGACCACAACUCGAAGCCCUACAAGGUUGAGCCCGACUCCAGACCUGGCUAUAUCUAUCUGUACUCGGAAGAUGACCUCAUCCACUUUUGCUGGCGACCCAGAAAUGUCCCCCUCGACGAGCCCGAGAUUGAUCUCGUCAUGGUCCCAACCGAUGGUCACUUCACCCCUUACAACACCCGCAACCCCAUCGAGCCCUCAGCCAAGACCAACGGUCGCAUCUUCGUCCUCAAGUUCACUUCAUCCUCUCAGAGACACAUCUUCUGGCUCCAGUCAAAGCCACAGGGGCAGAGCGGCGAUCCCACCUGGUUCAGCCCCAGGGAUCUCAAGAUCGGAGAGAUCGUCGACCAGCUCUUGCAGGGAGAGGAGGUGGACGUGACCCGUGAGCUGGCCUCGGUCCGCAACAACACCGACGACAGCCGACGUGAUGACGAGGACGAGACGAUGGAGGACGUUGAGGGGCACGGCGACGCCCAUGCCCACCACCGCGGCGGCAGCGGAGGUGCCGGUCCUGGAGCUACUGGGGGAGACUUCCGGCAAGAGGGCGAGGACUCGAGAGACGGAGGUGCUGAUGGUGCGAGAGCGAUAGACAAGCUUGCAGAUAGCAUGUACUUUCCUAGACUUGGCCAGCAAAGGGCCCUCAAAGAAUGCGAAUUCUGGCGUUUACUUUCCCGGUUAUAUCUGAGCACCAACGUUGGAGCAAGUGCUGAUGUGUUGUCUUUUCACAGGGCAAGCAACAAUGCAAACAACGACGCUGCCGAUGCGGUGCGGAACUUCCUGGCCUCGAUCCAGGCCAACCAGAAGCUCGGCGGGGGCGGUGGUCAGUCAGCUCAGGGCAAGCUUUAUCCCCUGCUCAAUGAUCUUCUCGAACCAUCGACUACAAUCCCCAUGCUCGACUCGGCGUCAGAUGAAUACGUCGACAACUUGCUGAGCUACCUCCCACCCAUGGUACUGGUUCUCUCGCAGCAGGGUGAGAACGGGGAUGACAUUGACAAGGAGCCCAGUGCGGAGGCAGUAGAGGCUGCCAAGCAGGCCAUGAGCUCCGGGCAGAAGCGCGCUCUCCUCAAGAAGGUGCUGCGCAGUCCUCAGUUUACGCAAAGUCUAGCAAGCCUGACAUCAGCGCUCCGGGAUGGCGGCCUGCCUACUGUCGCGGGUUCUUUGGGUAUUGCGGUUGAGAACGGUGGUCUGGUGAGGGGCGGGUCUGUGCCACUGGGUGGUGGUGAUGCUGUUGAGGCUUUCGUUGAGGGGGUGAAGAAGACGGUGCAGAAGAAGUGA